UCACAGUUGUUAGGUUGGCCACUCUACACACUUCUGGGGAUCAUCGAAUCUUCUGGAACCUCUUCAUCACUCCAUCUUAAAACCCUACCAAACCCUCACUCUCUGCAGCAACACGAUCACAACAAUCAGCAAACACUCUUCUCGAAGCAUCUCCAAUGGCCUCUGCUAAUGCAAUCUCUUCACCUUCCAUCAUCUACUCUCCAAAACAGGGAGGUUUGAGAAAUGGUAAUGGAGGUGUUAGCCAGUUGCGAACCGGUCAAACGGCUAAGCAAUCGCAAUCGAACCGGCGGUUUGCGGUUCGAGCUGCGGCUAAGGAGAUCGCGUUUGACCAGAGUUCUAGAGCGGCUAUGCAGGCUGGUAUUGAUAAGCUUGCGGAUGCUGUUGGUCUUACUCUUGGUCCUAGAGGGAGGAAUGUUGUGUUGGACGAAUAUGGUGCCCCCAAGGUGGUUAACGAUGGUGUUACAAUUGCCCGAGCAAUCGAGUUACCCGAUCCCAUGCAAAACGCCGGUGCUGCACUUAUCAGAGAGGUUGCAAGCAAAACCAAUGACUCAGCCGGUGACGGCACAACAACCGCAUCCGUUCUUGCUCGUGAAAUCAUUAAACUUGGUCUGUUAAGUGUAACAUCCGGUGCGAACCCGGUUUCAGUUAAAAAAGGUAUUGACAAGACGGUUGCUUUUUUGAUUGAGGAGCUGGAAAAGAGAGCUAGACCCGUUAAAGGCCGUGAUGAUAUCAAAGCCAUUGCGGCAAUUUCUGCUGGAAAUGAUAACAUUAUUGGAACCAUGAUUGCUGAUGCUAUCGACAAGGUGGGAUCGGACGGUGUGUUAUCCAUCGAAUCAUCGUCUUCGUUCGAGACAACCGUUGACGUUGAAGAAGGAAUGGAGAUUGAUAGAGGAUAUAUCUCCCCGCAAUUUGUCACCAACUCCGAGAAAUUAUUAGUCGAGUUCGAGAAUGCUAGAGUGCUCGUCACCGACCAAAAGAUAUCUUCUAUUAAAGACAUUAUUCCUUUACUGGAAAAGAUCACUCAGUUAAGAGCUCCGUUGCUGAUUAUUGCGGAGGAUGUUAGUGGGGAAGCAUUGGCUACUCUCGUUGUGAACAAAUUACGCGGUAUCCUUAACGUUGCUGCUAUUAAAGCACCGGGUUUCGGUGAGAGAAGAAAAGCCCUUCUUCAAGAUAUUGCUAUUAUGACAGGAGCCGAAUACCAAGCGAAAGACAUGGGUCUGCUGGUUGAAAACACAUCCGUCGAGCAGCUCGGUACCGCCAGAAAAAUCACAAUCAGCAAAGACUCAACCACCAUCAUCGCCGACGCUGCAUCAAAAGACGAAAUCCAGUCUAGAAUCGCGCAGAUCAAGAAAGAACUUUCCGAGACAGAUUCUGUCUACGACUCCGAGAAACUCGCCGAACGAAUCGCCAAGCUGUCAGGCGGUGUUGCCGUUAUAAAGGUCGGUGCCGCAACCGAAACUGAAUUAGAAGACCGCAAGCUUCGUAUCGAGGAUGCGAAAAACGCAACAUUUGCCGCCAUAGAAGAAGGCAUAGUACCCGGUGGUGGCGCGGCACUUGUCCAUUUAUCGGCAUUAGUUCCUGCUAUUAAAGACAGGCUUGAUGACGCGGAUGAACAAAUAGGUGCGGAUAUUAUUCAAAAGGCGUUGGUGGCACCGGCGUCGUUGAUAGCGCAAAAUGCGGGAAUCGAGGGUGAGGUGGUUGUGGAGAAGGUGAAGGCGAGCGAAUGGGAGAUGGGGUACAAUGCAAUGGCGGAUAAGUAUGAGAAUAUGGUGGAGGCUGGAGUUAUUGAUCCCGCGAAGGUGACGAGAUGUGCGUUGCAGAACUCGGCUUCCGUUGCGGGAAUGGUGUUGACCACGCAGGCUAUUGUGGUUGAGAAGCCGAAAGCUAAGGCACCUGUGGCUGCGGCACCCCAAGGUCUCACUGUAUGAUUAACAAGACUUUUGAUUUGGUUUAAUUGGAGCUUGUUUUGCAAAUUUUUAAGGAAUAAAUAUGUUGAGGUGAUUUAGUGUAGAACUGAUAUGUCCGUUUUUGUACUAAAUUGAGAUAUGUCAUCGUUUAAUAUGGUUUAAAAUUUAAUGAGGUUAUGGGGUCACAAA